AUGUUUGUUAUCCAAUCAAAAAUCUUACGAGAUUCUUCCGCUACAAUAUUACACUUUGAUCAAUUAUCAUAUAAAAUCAGAAGAAGCUUGAAAGGCCACCAAGGUAAAAUAUUACGCUUAGACUGGACAAAGAAUGGCCAGAAACUUAUAAGCUCUUCACAGGAUGGCGAAGUAAUAAUGUGGGAUGCAUUUUCAUCACAAAAAGACAUCGUUAUUCCUCAAAGUACUCCUUGGACGAUGGCGUGUAGUAUUGACUCCGUAGGUUCCUAUAUCGCUUGCGGUGGGGUGGACAAUAAAUGCUCUAUCUACGAUAUACAAGAUCUUGAAGAUAUAGCUAGUACGAAACGAACUAUAGCAACACAUACAAGCUAUAUUUCCGAUUGUAAAUUUAUCUAUUCCGAUUGUCAGCUAUUAACAGCAUCAGGAGAUACUACUUGUGCCUUAUGGGAUGUGGAAACAUCUCAAAUGAUUUACACCUUCCAUGGUCAUAAAGCAGAUGUUCUUAGUCUUGAUUUAUGUCCAACAUUUCCAGCAAACUUAAUAGCUUCCGGAUCAUGCGAUAAUAUUGUUAAAAUUUGGGAUUUAAGACAAGGUCAAUGCACUCAUUCCUUUGAAGAUCAUAAAGCCAGCGUUAACUGUGUCAAAUUUUUUCCUACUGGAGAUGUAAUCGGAUCUGCUUCUGAUGAUGGCACUUGUCGUCUAUUCGAUUUACGAGCUAUGCAAGGAAUAAGCAUCUACAAAAGAGAUUCGAUUAUCUUUGGUGUAUCUAGUCUCGAUUUUACUAAAAGCGGCCGAUUGUUGCUUGCUGGAUAUUAUGAUUUUAAUAUACAUGCUUGGGAUACGCUAAAGAUGGAAAGAGUUUCUACCCUUUAUGGGCAUGAAAGUCGCGUAAGUUGUCUUAAAAUGUCUCCAGAUGGCUUCGGCUUAGCUAGUGGAAGUUGGGAUCAGACAGUAAAAGUAAGUUUAAAGAUUUUUGUACUUGAUUUAAAAGGUUUUGCCAUAAUUUACAUUUUCUAG